AUGGAAGCCUUUGCUGAACAUGAUUUCAAUGCCAGUACACCAGAUGAAUUGUCAUUUAGACGCGGAGAUGUAUUAAAGGUUAGUAUUUGUCAAAACGUGGCUUCAAAUUAUACUAAAAGAUCCUGUAAAAAGUUUGUUGUGCACUGUUUUGGUGGUAUCAAAUGUUCCACCAAUACAAUCUCACAACAAGACCCUUUUGACAGUGCACAUAGGUGCUAAAACAUACUAGAUGUUUUUUCAGAUAUUGAAUAAAGAUGAAGAUCCUCAUUGGUAUAAAGCUGAACUAGAAGGAAAUGAAGGGUUUAUUCCAUCAAAUUAUAUCAGAAUGAAUGAAUGUAAUUGGUGAGUUUCAUUUUUUGGCCAAAGUUUAUUUUUUCUCAAUUAUUUACACAAUCCUCUACAGGUAUCUCGGAAAAAUCACACGAAAUGACGCUGAAGAGCUUUUGAAAAAACCAACUGUUAGAGAUGGCAAUUUUCUUGUUAGACAAUGUGAAAGUAGUCCUGGUGAAUUUUCGAUUAGUGUCAAGUGAGUUUAUUUUGUUUUUUUUAAAUAAAAAUGAGUCAACUUAUUUGUAAUCUUUUCAGAUUUCAAGAUACUGUUCAACACUUUAAAGUUCUUCGUGAUCAAGGUGGUAAAUAUUAUCUAUGGGUGGUGAAAUUCAAAUCGUUGAAUGAACUUGUGCAAUAUCAUCGAACUGCAUCUGUCUCACGAACUCAUACAAUUUUACUGCAAGAUUUGGUUGUCGAAACUGUAUUUGUUCAAGCUUUGUUUGAUUUCAACCCACAGGAGCAAGGAGAACUUGCGUUCAAACGAGGAGAUGUCAUCACAUGUGAGUUUUUUGAGAUGGGAAAAUAUUUAUUGAAAAAUAUAAAAUUCUUGCAAAUAGAGACUAGAAUAUUUUGUAAACUGGGCCGAAGAGCUUGGUUUGGUUACCUGACAAGCAUCCUGAAUGAAGUCAAAUAAAUUUCGAUUCCUGAGAAUGAACUACCACACGUUUUGACUGAAUUGAAACAAUCCAUAAUUUUUCUGCAUUGCUAGAAAUAAUAUACAUUUUGAAAGUUCUGUUAGAUCUGUUUCAAAACAACAAGCACAGUUUUUUUUGAGGUUCGAAAUUGAAUAUUAAAUCAAUAUCAUGUAAAUGGCCACAUUUCAUAAAAUCACAGUGCAGAGUUUUCAAAAUUUACUGAAAGAAUAAGUCCGAAAACAAACGUUUCCAGUAGUUUUCCGAUCACUUUUAAGCUCCUUUUCAAUCAAACAAAAUCAAAUGAGUUGUUCUUACCAUUUUACGCUCUCAAAAGAUCAAGAAACCUUUAGUCUAUUAUUUUUUCAAAUUCAAUAACCACAAAUCACAAAGAAAAAGUUGUUAUUGAACACCGAGAAAAAACCCACGCGAGAUUGUUUUUUCUUUCUAUUAUUUUCAAUAUUCCAUCAGAUUAGUGAACACAAAAUGAAAUCAUAAUGUUUGUACUAAAAACCACGCAAAAAAAAUAAUUUAAUAGGUAGUUGACACGCAAUCCAACUGAAUUCAAUAAUAAUGUUUUGUUUCUUUUCAGUGAAAAACAAAGACGACGCAAAUUGGUGGGAAGGGAUGUUGAACAAUCGACGCGGAAUUUUCCCAUCCAACUAUGUUUGUCCAUACAAUAGCAACAAGAGUAAUUCGAAUGUUACUGGACAAGCCUAUGCAUCAUAA